AUGUAUUGUUCAUCUACGAUCCGCACAUACUGGAUCCUGACGGGGAUCGCGGCCUCCAUAGGCCAACGCAUAGGUCUCCACCGGGACGGAGAGAAGCUGGGCCUGCCACCAUUUGAUGUGGAGAUAAGGCAACGGUUAUGUUACCAGAUUGUUCCGCUGUAUGGUAGAGCGAGCCAAUUUGCCGGUAUUGGCUUUCUCAAAAAACCAGUGAUUUUCCGUCUGGCGCGCGCACACAUUGGAAAAUCCCUAGCCAGAUCAGGACAGCCAAUCAACGGUACAGCCCCUUGGAACUUCGCAGAUCAACACGGAGCGGAGAAGGUACUGAGCACAACAGAAAGCGAGAUCGAAGAAAAGUUCAUCCGCUAUUGUGAAGCGUUGUUGACCCACUGCACUUUCUCACUAACGGUCUUCUUCAGUCGUUUUUGA